UGAUCAGCUGAACCAAUGGGAAGUUGCAAUUUAUUCUUCCGGAAAAUCUUCGAGUUAACUCGCGCUUGGGAUUGUAAGAGAAGGCUGUUCUCAGGCUACCUCGAAAAAUGAGCGAUUCUGGAAAAGUCAAACCUGAAGCAAAUGGAGCAAAUAGAAGACAAGGAAGAAAAAGGUCAAGGUCUCCUGUGGACCGAACUCGAGCUCUCAAAGAUGGAUCACGUGACAGGCGCCGAGGUGCGGGUGGCGGAAAUUUGCCAUCAUCCAGAAUCAUUGUCAAGAAUUUGCCAUAUGAAAUCAAAUGGCAGACCCUGAAAGACAUCUUCAGAAGAGAAGUGGGAGAUGUGUCUUUUGUAGAAGUACUGGAAGGUCCUGAUGGAAAAUCAAAAGGGAUUGCGGUGAUUGAGUUCAAAGACAAGGAACAUGCCAAGAAGGCCAUUGACAAAAUGCACAAGUUCAAAGUUGGAGACAGAGAAAUUGUUGUCAGAGAGGAACGUGAGCGGGAUCGCCAGUUCUUUGAGCGACAGAUGGGCAUGGAUGGUCGUGGGAUGGGAGGUGAUAUGGGAGUUUGCGGAUUGGAUGUAGGAAGAGGAAUGGAUAUGCCCCGAGGAAUGGACUUAGUCAGAGGAAUGGACAUGCCUCGUGGGAUGGACUUUGUCAGAGGCAUGGAUCUGUCUCGAGGGAUGGAUGUUGGAGGUCGAGGGAUGGAUGUUGGAGGACUGGGAAUGGGAGGUGGCUUGGGUCUUGGAGGAGGACUGGGACUUGGCAGUGGCAUGGGAUUGGGAGGAGGUGGAGGAAGUGGAGGCUUGAUGGGUGGUGGCAUGGGGGUUGGGCCAAGUGAUGUGAGCCCUGAGAUCCUUGCUCAACUAGGAAUUGAUGGACCUGUCACCGGCACCGUCUUUGUUGCCAAUCUUGAUUAUCAGGUUACUAGAUGGAAACUAGUAGAAGUCUUCAGACUGGCUGGCAAUGUGAUAAAUGCUGAAAUCAAAGAAGACAAGAAUGGUAAAUCCCGUGGAAUGGGUAUUGUUGAAUUUGAAUUUCCUAUUGAGGCUGUUCAAGCUGUCUCGAUGUUUAAUGGUCAGACAUUGUUUGACCGAAAAAUGAUGGUCCGCAUUGACAAACCACCACCAGAAGAAAAGCCUUUGCCUCCAAAACUUCCAAGUGGCCUAAAGUCUAUUGGCAUGGGUCUUGGUAGUGGAGGGGCACCACUUACCAACUUGUCACAAGCAAGUGGUUUGGGAGGUGGUCCUGGGUUUAGCAUGCAGGGUGCUGGAAUGGGAGGAUUGGGAGCAGGUGGUUUGGGAUUGGGUUUGGACAUGGGACUAGGGGCAGGCACAGGAGGCUUAGGAGUAUCAGGUUCUUUUGGAGGUGUAGGAGGUUUGUCAGGUGUCAUGGGUACAGCAGGCCUUGGAGGAGCAGGGUCAUUAGGGCCAAGUGGCUCGGUAGGCGUUGGUCUGGGUUUGGGAGGUGCCAUGGGCAUGGGCCUAGGAGAUUCUCUAGGUGGUAACAGUAGUCUUGGUUCCUCCAAGAUGGGGCCUGGUCUUGGUGGCCUUGGGGGUGGAGCUGAUAAUAUGGGAGGUGUAGGCAUGGGAGGCAUGGGGCUUGGAGGUGGAGUUGGGAUGAUGGGUGCAGCACCAGGAGUUGGUGGUUUGGGAGGUAACUCUGGUUUAGGUGGGGGUCUUGGUAUUGGAGGCCCUCAUGAAGGUGGUGGCAGAGGUGGAUUUGAUGCCUCUCCACGUUCAGGUUAUGAUGCUGGAGGACGAGCUGCUUUUGACGGUAGCGGUCGAGGUGGAUACGACUCACUUGGGAGAGGCACCAUGUCAGAUUUGCGGGGCCGAGAUAAUCUAGAUCUUGGAGGACGAGGUGGCCUUGACCUGGGCGGAAGAGGUGGAUAUGAUCGUAGUGGCCUUGAUGUAGGGAUGGGAAGUAGAAACAGUGGCUUGGAUGUUGGUGGACGUGGUAGUUAUGAUACACUUGCUGGCCGUGGUGGUUUAGAGGAUUCCAGGGCAGGGUUUGAUUCUGGUAGAAAUAUUGAUGUCAACAUGAGAGGCAGUGGGUUUGAUGUUGGCCGCAACAGCUAUGAAAGUGGCAUGAGAGGAACUGGUGGUUUUGAAAACACUGGCCGAGCAGGACUUGACACAACAGGACGUGGAAAGGAUACCGAUGGCAGAUCUGAUCGCAGUGGUCGAACAGGCGGCCGCUCAGGAGGCAAUUGUUCAAUUCUUGUGAGAAAUUUGCCGUAUACCAUUACCUGGCAAGAUCUGAGGGAUCGGUUCCGCGACAUUGGUGAUGUGAAGUAUGCAGAGAUUGUAAUGGACAAAGGUCGUCCAACUGGUGAUGCAUUGAUUCGUUUUGGAAGUGAAGAAGAUGCAGUUCGUGCAAUCAAUCUUCUUGAUCAAACUCGUCUUGAAGGUCGCACCAUCAGAGUGGUCUUGCGUCCAUGAAUGCACGUGGUUGGACCAAGCAGCUUGCCCUUCUCAUUGGAAGCUGCAGUAAUCAGACACCACAACUUUUGGUGUAUGUAUACUUGAGAGCGUUGGCAGCUGUUUUUUGCAGUUCAUGCAGUCAUCAUUUGUUUUUAUGAGAAAACACAAAAUUCUAGACUGUUGUGCUCAGAGAGGCUGACGAAAAGAUGGAGGACUUUUCAGGGUGGACAGGGCUGUAGUUCUUUGAAAGAGGUGGCUAUUGUUGAAGAUACUGGGUUGUAAGAAAUUUCAGCAAGCUUCGGAGGACCUUUUAUUGUCACAGUUUUAUGAACUUUUGUUGUGUGUACUGACGGGACAUCUUCAUAUUGUUAUCUUCCCACGAUACGCUAGAAAGUCUGCUGAUUUUAUUUGCCUCUGUAGUUCUGAUUGUCUUUUUGUGUUUUUUAACAACUGUAAUAAAGUUUAUGGCAUUCAGAUAAUUGAAACAGACUUUUAAUGUUUUUCUUCAGUUUGCGGGAUUGAAGUCAGUUGCAGGCUUUAUUUUUUUAACUGGAGGAAGGCUUAUACAUUCUCAGUAAUAGCUAGUAGCAGUUUGCUUAGAGUGUGGUAAAGUAUUUUGCAUAGAUAUAAUUAUAGCCCAGAAGUUUGGGGCUUCAGUUGGAUAGCCAUAUACAAGUGCAGACUAAGGUGAGCAUUUUUACAUCAUCUCGUCCACAGCUAACUUCGCACAGUUUCCCUGGGUUUAGCAACUGAACAACACAUAGAUUGAUUAAAAAGCCUAUGUGUAUGAUAUUUUAAAUCUGUUUUUGUUUAGUCUAGUUGUAGAGCUGUCUGCAUUUUCUGGAUAUAUUUAUCUGUUGAAUAGUUUUUAGUCAGUGUACAUUUUUCAGGAAGGUGGGGAGGGGGGGUUGUGCAAAGUUUCUUGUAGAAUUAAUCUGUCCAGCGAUUUUAUCAGGCAAGAGGUUUUAUCACUUUUUUUACCUCCAUAUCUUUUUGUUUUUCUGUUUGUUUGUUGUUGUUUUUUGUAUGUGUUUGCACAUUCUUCUGUAAGUUACACAAGGAUUGGAAAAAAUAGGUUCUUUGAUGUUUUUGCCUCCUGGUGACCUUUUGGGACCUAGUCAAACAUUUUAGGGCCUCGCUUUAUGAACUCUUUUCAGAAGUAUUGGACUCCUUUGAGCUGUGCUUUCAACUCAGAACAAAUUGUAUGCACAUGGACCCAUUGUAUCAAGCAUUUGAAAUUCAGGCAUUUGGCUAAGGAGUCUUCUGGGGUAUUUGUUAUUUGAUGUUUUGAUUGAGGCCUUGGGGAUAGGCUUUUUAUACUAAUCAAGAUAGACAUAAAUACUCUGUUUUGCAUGAACUUAGAUUUUCUGCAGGAGGUUAUAUCAUGCUGUGGACUUUAAAGUUGACCCAGUUAUAGUUGCCGUGAAGUCCUUUUGGUAUAAUCGGAAUUAGACCAGUGCGGCUCCUUGUUUUAUUGUAUUAUUCUGUCGUCUGUGUAAUAACAAUCCAAAAUAGCACAGUAACAGAGAUAUUAGGGAAAUGGAGCUGUUGAAUCUGAGAAAGCAUGCUUGCUCAAUAAGUGAAUGCACAGAGCGCAAAAAAGCUGAUAACAACAAAGUAGCUGUCAAGUAGAUUUUGUCAUCCUUUCUUGUCAAGAUUUGUAUUUAGAAAGGGUUUGCUUUGCUGUAUCUUCUCCAGCACUUGAUCCAUACAACUGAAAUGUCUAUUUCAGCAUGUAAAACAGCCUUUUUUAAAUCUUGUUGUAUGAUGACAUUACACGGGAGCCCUGAGUUGAUAAAACAUUCAUGAAUAAGUAUCUUGAUGCUAAGAGGAUCUUUAGUAGUGGCAGUGUUUUGCACAAAGUAUAGGUCAAUGGUUAGAUUCAUUUGUCAAAGAAAAUUUCAAUGGUUGCACUUGUUCUCAGAUUCUAGCAAGGGGCAUUUACCUGUCACUUGUAAGAUUCAUUGUAGACACUUAUGCAACAGUACCUUUCACUAUAAAAAGUGAAUAUCUCAGAGUGCCCAGGAAUAUGCCAGUAGAGGUUUUUUAUUUUUAAAAAAAUGAUUAAUUACAUGUCAAAACAAGAUUACUGAAAGCAAUAAGCUUAUUGCAGCAGCACCACUGUCUUCUAGUUUGCUAUUAUAUGGUUUUUCUUUUCCUGAAGAUGUGAGAGUACAUAUGCUCUUUCCACUUGUGGUCUUGGCGACAAAGGCAGUUAAGUUUAAUUUGUAGUUUUGGUAUAAAUUUUUCACUUGACAACUUUGCUUUGGAAAUCCUCUCCUUUCUUUCAUGUUACUAUUUAUAGUUGUUUAAAAAAUUAAAUAGAAUAUCUUCUGUUUGCUGAACUUCAUGCACAGGACAUUUUGAAGUCAUUCAAAGAGAAUAAAGAGUAAUUCAGAAGAA